UAAUAAUAACUAAAACUAUUAAUUAUAAUUUUAUAUUAAAUUAUUGCACUAAAUACUUACAAGCUGUCGACUGUUACGUUUACCUAAUAGCUACCUACUAAAUUUCAUUGUUUUGUCUUUUUGAAAUAUAAAAAUAUAAAACUUGUAGACAACCAUAAUUGAUUACUGGUUUUGUUUAAUGUGUCCAAAUUUUUUUUCAAUUUCGUUCUUGUCGACUGUAGUGAUGACUGCCCUUUAAAUUUCAUCUGUAACAGUGCAUCUAAAGCUACUUAUGUUUAUUAUUAUUUUUUUUUUUUUCAAUGAAAUUAAUAUUAUAAAAAUGUUCCAUUUGUUUUAUUUAACAAGACUGAAGACUGUUUUUGAAUUGAUCAAACAUAAAUUAAAUGAAUAUAUGUAUUAUUAUUUAGUAUUGCUUCUCGCUUCUACUAUAAUUUACAAUGAAUGGUUAGUUUAUUCAUUGUAUGCAAGUAAAUGGCCAACAUUAUAUUGUGGUAAUGAGAAGUUCUGCAAAACCAUCUUACUAGUUGCUGAUCCACAAAUAUUAGGGGAGGAAAGAGAAAAUGUAUUAACACGCUGGGAUAGUGAUCGAUAUUUAUUCAAUACAUAUGGUCGAGCAUUACAGCACGUAAAACCUGAUAAUGUUAUAUUUAUGGGUGAUCUAAUGGAUGAAGGAUCAUUAGCUGAUCAAAAAACUUUUGAAAGAUAUUUACAUAGAUUUAGUAAAAUAUUUUUUUUAAAAAGCAUAGUUCCUCUUGCAUCUAAUAAUGUAAUUUUUAUCCCUGGUGAUAAUGAUAUUGGCGGAGAUGAAGAAAUUGUAAUUCGAGAAAAAGUUGAUAGAUUUCAUCUUUACUUUGGUUCGCCAGGAGUAAUUCAAAAUGAAAAAAUAGAAUUUAUUAUGGUAAAUCAACUAAUAGAUUCAAUGCCAACAAACAUUAAUCCUACAAAUCGAACAAAUACUAUAAAAAUUAUGUUUUCACAUAUUCCUUUAACUACAAAAUGGACAAAAUUCGCAGAUAAAGUUAUAAAUGAGUUCAAGAGUGAAUUUGUAUUCUCAGCUCAUGAUCAUUCUUCUUACAAUUUUAUUAGUGACAUUAAAAAAAGAAAACAUACAUAUGUUCAAAUGCUUGAACGUAACAGUUUUGACGAAAUGUCCAGUGCUCAAUGGAGGUUUGGACAACAAUCACCAAAUUCAGUCAGUGAAAUAAUUGUGCCAACCUGUUCAUAUAGAAUGGGAUCAAAUAAUGUAGGAUAUGGUGUAUUAACAAUUGAUACAUUCAGACACUCUGUUACAUACACUAUUUUGUGGCUUCCAUCAAGAUUUUCUUGUCUCUACGUGUACCUUUAUGUUUUAAUACUAUGCAUUAUUUUGUAUUUCUUACAUUUAAUUACCAGAAAUAGCAAAACAAUCAUAUACAGGGUUAUGUAAACAAUUUAAUGCACAUUAUAUAUUAGAUUUAAUUAUAAUAUUAUUUAUUAAUAUACUAAUAAGGUUAACUGUAAAUGAUUUUGAGCAAUAAUAAUAAAGUAGUAAUAAAAUUAAGUUAUGCAAAAUAAUCU